CGUGGCUGUCUGCUGAAGAUCAACAUUCCUCAGGAAAUCAGAUAUAUCAGCCGUUGUCCCGCGUGCUAGGGAUAACAAGAACUCUUACUUCUUCAUCCUGUUGUACUCCGGUGGGACAGAUAUCGGGUCUUCGUCUCGUUACAGCCGCGGCUGUCCAACUUUCACCAUGCGUCUUGGCACCCUUCUGCUGGCCGUUGCCAGCCUAACAUCUGCUGUCAAUGCAUACUGGAUGGGGGACAUUGCUCAUCGUGGUUAUGCACCCUUCGCGUACUCUGGAUAUCCGGUCUUUCGAAACGUCAAGGAUUAUGGAGCAAAGGGAGAUGGUGUUACCGACGACACAAUUGCUAUUAAUGCCGCCAUCACCGCCGGAAAUCCUUGCAACCAAGGCUGUACCUCGACCACCACGACUCCAGCCGUUGUCUACUUCCCCGCCGGAACCUACCUUAUCUCUGGGUCCAUCAAGCCAGCAUACUUUACACAAUUGAUCGGAGAUGCGAGCUCCCCACCUACACUCAAGGCCACGGCUAACUUUGCUGGUUUUGGUCUAAUUGAUGCGAAUCCUUACUACACUCAGUACCUGAACUGGAAGGCUGUUAACGUCUUCUUCCGUCAAAUCCGCAAUUUUGUUAUCGAUACUACGAAUAUUCCACCUGCCAAUGCCGCCACAGGUAUUCACUGGCCAAGUUCACAGGCGACGAGUCUGCAGAACAUCGUCUUCAACAUGCCGACGGCAUCGAAUGUUGUCCAUGUCGGUUUGUUCAUGGAAGAGGGUAGCGGUGGUUUCGUCACGGACCUGACCUUCAACGGUGGUGCCACUGGUGCUUCAAUGGGUAAUCAGCAGUUCACUAUGAGGAACUUGAGGUUCAACAACUGCAAGACAGCCAUCUAUCAUCUGUGGAACUGGGGCUGGACCUAUUCUGGCCUCUCCAUUAACAACUGUGGUGUCGGCAUUGACAUCACCGCCGGCAGCGGCAAGGUAGAAACCGGCUCCAUCAUCGUCUUCGAUAGUUCCUUCACCAACACCCCCGUCGCCAUUUCCACCUCCUGGACCACUGCCAGCACUCCCGACACCGCCGGCACUCUCGUCCUCGAGAACAUUGCCCUCACGAACGUCCCCGUUGCCGUCAAAGGUCCCCAAGGCACUUACCUUUCCGGCUCCACCGGCUCAACCACCAUCACGGCCUGGGGCAACGGCCACAAAUACACCCCCUCCGGCCCUGUCGAGUUCGCUGGCGCCCUAACUCCCAACCCACGCCCCGUUAGCCUACUCGCCGCCAACGGGCGCUACUACACGCGCUCCAAGCCUCAGUAUGAGACCCUCUCCGCCUCGCAAUUCAUCUCUGCCCGUGCCUCGGGCGCCAAGGGUGACGCCGCAACCGACGACACCGCCGCCCUGCAAAACGCUAUCAACACCGCCGUCGCCCAGGGUAAGGUGCUCUACCUGGACUACGGGCUGUACCGGGUCACCUCAACCAUCCGCAUCCCGCCCGGCGCCAAGAUUGUCGGCGAGUCCUACGCCACCAUCAUGUCGGCCGGCGGGUUUUUCAAUGAUAUCAACAACCCCAAGCCGGUCCUACAAGUGGGCAGCUCCAGCGGACAGGCGGGCACGGUGGAGCUAAGCGACUUUAUCGUUUCCACGCAGAACGCGCAGGCGGGCGCAGUGCUGAUUGAGUGGAACUUGGCCAGUCCGGCGAGUAACCCCAGUGGAAUGUGGGAUGUGCACACACGGAUUGGCGGGUUUGUGGGCAGUCAGCAGCAGGUCGGGCAGUGCUUGAAGACGCCCGGGAAUCCAACGGUGAGGCAGGAGUGUAUUGUGGCGUUUAUGGCUAUGCAUAUCACCAAGGGGGCGAGCGGGUUGUAUAUGGAAAAUGUAUGGUUGUGGACCGCCGACCAUGAUAUCGAUGACGCGGCAAAUACGCAGAUUACUCUCUACAGCGGUCGUGGUCUUUACAUCGAAUCCACCAGCGGCACCUUCUGGCUCUACGGCACCGGGUCCGAGCACCACGUUCUCUACCAAUACCAGCUCUCCUCCACCCAAAACAUCUUCAUGGGCAUGAUCCAGACCGAAACGCCUUACUACCAGCCCACACCCAACGCCUUGGUUCCCUUCCCGUCUGUUUCCUCCCUCAACGAUCCCAACUUCUCCACUUCCUGCUCGGGAGUAUCGGGGAACUGCGCAGCAGCUUGGGGUCUCCGGGUGCUCAACAGCAAGAACAUCCUUGUGUAUGGAGCGGGCUUGUAUUCGUUUUUCAGCGAUUACAGUACUGCUUGCUCGACGUUUGCGGCGGGGCAGACGUGUCAGAGUAGGAUUGCGAGUGUGGAGGGGACCGGGUGUUCGAAUGUGAAUAUCUAUGGAUUGAACACGAUUGGGGCGCAAAGUAUGUUGACGAGGGAUGGAGUGAGUGUUGCGUGGUACGCGGAUAAUGUGAAUAAUUUCCCGAGUUCGGUGGGGGUCUAUAAGAGUGGGUGAGUGAGCUGGGCGGAUGGGAUGUUUGGAAAUUGGUAUGUAUUGGGCUGGCUGGGAAGAGUGCAGUUUGUGUUGGGCGAAGAAGUGGUAGCAGCGGGUAGGUUGAAAGACUUGGGGGAUUGUACAUAUCAGACUG